AGUAGCAAAAGUGUGAGCAAACAGACGCAAAUCACUUUUGAUCCAUCGUCUUUUGCUGCCAUCAAAGAAAAAAGUGCGAAAAACUAAAAUCAGAAAAGUGAAAUCCAGAUUAAAAUCCGAUCCAGGAUGGCCGCUCACAACCUGAAUGACGAACGGCCUCGCACGGCAGAUGUCGAGUUUGAUCCGAGUUUGGAGUUUUCGAAAAUGUUCCUCUCGGAACCGGUGGUACGGGGCCUGACGCGAAACAACUUCAUCCACCCUUCCCCCAUCCAGGCACGUGCAAUCCCGCUUGCAAAGCUCGGGCUAGAUUUGUUGGUGCAAGCAAAAUCCGGAACCGGAAAGACACUGGUGUUUGCCGUGAUGAUUGUCGAGAAUCACAACCCGGAUGUCACAUUUCCGCAAUCGUUGACGAUCGUACCGGCAAGGGAGAUUGCGGUGCAGAUUGAGGACGUGUUGAAUCGGAUCGGGUAUUCUGUUCCGGGCUUCCGGGCUAAAAGUUUCAUCGGCGGAUUGGACAUCAGUCAGGACCGGAAGAACUUGCAGAACUGUUCGGCAGUGGUCGGAACUCCGGGAAGGAUCAAUCAUCUGAUAAAGAGUAAUGUGUUGAAUACGAGCCAGAUCAAGAUUUUAGUGCUGGAUGAAGCGGAUUCGUUGAUUUCCGGGACGCUCAAAUCGGAAGUGAAUCAGAUUGUCAAAAUGGUGCCAACCAAACGGCAAACGGUAGUGUGCAGUGCCACCUUCUACAACAACAGGGAUCGCGAAUUGUGUACAUACUUGAACGAGAAGUUUAUCGGAGUGACCCCGAAGAAGGAGAUACCGGUGCUUCAAGGAAUUCGGCAGUUUGUCCGGGAAUUGCCCGAAGCGAAGGACAAUAUUAAGGAGAUGAUGGCAAAGAUUGCCGAACUAAAUCAGAUACUGAAGAAGGUUCCGUACGGACAAUGUUUGGUGUUUGCCAACACACAAACCAAGGCUGAGACUUAUUGUAGCUACUUGAGUCGAGCUGGAUGGCCUGCGGAAGUUAUCCGAGGUGGACAGGAGCAACGGGUUCGGUUGAAGACAGUUGAAAACUUGAAGCAGUUUCGAUGCAGAGUUUUGACCGCGACGGAUGUCAUCUCACGAGGAAUUGACGCCGAAAAUGUAAACCUGGUGGUUAAUGUUGAUGUUCCGAAGGACAAUUCGAUCUAUCUCCACCGAAUUGGACGUGCUGGACGUUUCGGCACCCAAGCCGUCUCAAUCACACUGGUAUCAUCGGCCAAAGAGAUGGAACGUUUUCGCAAAAUCCUACACAACAUUGGCGGUAACGAAACGUUUGUCUAUCAUCUUCCAACAGAGAAGAUGGAAGAAAUUUGGAGCUUUGAGCAGUAUGGCGACAAAUAUGCAAAGCUGUACGCUUCGGCAUUGGAGCAGGAAAUCCGUGAUCAAGGGGCGGACCGUACGUUCUUGGAAACGAUUAUAGAAGUGGAUUCCAAAACGGAAUUGGGACAGAAGUCGACCGAAUCUGUUUUGGAGGAUAGUCUGGAAGAGAAAGCCCAAAAAGUCGAUACCAUCAUGUCAGCUGAUUCGCUCGAGUCCAAGCAACAAAAGGAACCGGAAGAGAUAGAUGAAGAAGAAGAGGAGGUGAUAAUUCGAAGGUUCCCUCUGGGGUGCCCGGACGAGAAUGAUACCAAUGAUAUUGACGAUAUGUUCCUUGCUGCCAUUGAAAAGGUGGACGCCGAAGAGGGGCAGCAACAUAACCAUCUGGAGCUGGUCUCCCAAAACAAGCUCCAAUUCGGAGACAGUGAAGUGCAGCUGGUACUUGAUGCCUAUGAAAAUGAUCAAGCAAGCUCGUCAAUGCCAGUGGCUAAUGUAGAUGAUCUGUUUUUGGCUGCCAUGAACAGGUUGGAGCUGGAGGAAGCCAACGAUAAAUCCGGUGAUCCAUUAACGUCCGAAGACAACAUCCAGAUAACGAAAAAAGCAAAGCUCGACAUUGAGAAUGGAAAUGCCGCAGAAUCUCAAAAUGUGGACAAAAAUCCCGUCGAAAUGGUGGCAGAUGAAAGCGAAUGCCCUAUUUCCAACGGGAAAAAUGUCGAUGAUCUUUUUCUUGCAGCCAUGCAGAAAGUUGAUCUUGAGCAAACAUCAGCGGAAGCUUCGGAUAAACAAUCAUCCACGCCAUCAUCGGAACUCAGCUGUUCAACACCCGAAUCUUGCUAUACUACAGACAGUUCUUUCAGCUCAAACGCCACCAAAAAGGUUGAAGUUGGCUCAAAUUUCACCACCCCGAACUCUCGAGUCCAGGAAAUCCGCGGUGCUGUCCCGGAUCAUCAGGUGAGCUCAUCGAGCUCCAACAAUUCGUCGGAAAUCGAUCGAGCUUCUGACCCAGGAAUCCCAACUCAACAGAACUGCCUUCCCCUGGAGGUGAAUAACGAUGCCCUGUUUGCCAAGAUCAUGGAACAAAAGGAACUGGGAGCUGGUCAACAACACCGACCGUUACAGUUCUCCAUUGACGGCUGCAGCUUGGAAGUGCACGAUGAUCCGAUCAGCGAUCGGGACAUCAACUCUCGCAAAGGGUCCGUUCCGGACGUGGUUCCAAGUGCUAUCACGCUUGAUCCAUCCCGGCUCCAGCAGCAACCAUCCGUCGAGGAGGAAGAAGAGGAAGCUGCCAAUUUCGAUCUUAACUCCAACACGUGCGGUUCCAACCAUGGAUCCGCUUUCGAACCCGAAGAAGCCGUUGUCCCGCAGGAUAACCGCCCCAAGCGGAUCCGCUUCCAGCAGCAAGAUGACAAUUCCAUGGAACUGCAAUCGAACUCCGUCGGUGUAAUCCCCGGUGGAGUAAGCCAGCAGGGCGAUCAACCGGAAGCUCUGCCCCCGAUUCCCGAUACCGUAUCCGCCACAGAGGAAGCCGAUGAUGCAAGUUCCUACUCCUCUCAGUAUGACAGCGAAUCUUCUAACUCGUCAUUCUUCGAUCAACGGGUAUGGGAAACGGAAGCGCCCGGACAAAAUGCUGCCAAUGUGCCAGCAGCGGGACAACAGCAGCCGCAGCAGCAUGAUGCAUCACAAACACAGGAGGCAGGAGCCAAGAAACGGAAGGUUUCCAAGCGAUCGAAGAAUGCCACCAAUCGCUACCAUCGGUCGUAUGCCAGCUGGACGUCCCACUAUUGGAACCAGAUGACGAUGAUCCAGGAUUACGUGCGAUUCGCGGCCUACGCCCGGCACAACGCUUUUGGAAAUUGAACCUCUUCGUUUGCAUUUGCCCUGACUACUAUUUUACGAUAGAGAACGUAGCUAAGUAGUAAUGAUCUUCUUCGAAAUGUGAUGUUAUUACGAUAAUCGAAUUAAUUUUCAGUUGCUUUUUUCCUUCCUUUUCUUUUUUGUUUUGUUCGCCAUGAAGGCUUUUUUUGAGCUAGGGAGAGAGAGAGAGAGAAGUAAUCUAAACACAAGUUGAAAUAAAAAUGGA